CAAUGAUGGAUCGUUGCGAAGGGUAGAAUUGGGUUAUUUCUAAGGGGGAAGAAAAAUAAAAAAAAAUAUACUUAAAAUAUAUACGUGAAAAUACGACCUAAAUCCUUGGGUAAAUCAAUCUAAAGAGACUUUUCAUGCACGCCAACGAGGGAUUAAAGUAAAACCACAUAACCUUUCAUGGUUGUGUUGUGAAUAUUUAUUUAUGAUUUUAACUAACAAAAAAAAAAUAAUAACAAUAGUGUAUUGUUAAGUAUAGAUAUCAUAGUGAAUGAAGUUUUAAAAAAAAAAUAUAAAUAUAAAAAAUAAUCUUUGAAUAGAUAAUUUUAUGUAAAUGAAACGUGGUUAGAUACCGCGUUUCAAAAUAUCAUCAUAAAUGGUUCAACCUGCAGUUUGCAUUGAAAACAACAAUUCAGCCCUCGACAUGGAGUCCCUCGAGGAAAUGCUUCGCAAGCUGUCGGAACUUGAGCAGCGAGUUUUAGAUGCCGAAGGAAGAGCAGAUGAGGCAGAAGAUAAGGUUCGGAUGAUGGAGGAACGGUUAGUUAAGGGUGAAUACAACAGUCUGAGUACAUCUGGAGUUGAAUCACCAGCUCAUUCAUCAUUGGCAUCAACUUCUGGUACACAGAAUGAUAAAAUUGAAGAAGUACAUUGUGCUUGUAUAUCAAAAUUAGAAACACAAGUUGAAGAACAGAGACAAUUAAGACUACAAGACGCAAGACAAGUUGAAGCCAAAGCAGCAAGAAUAAAAGAGUGGGUGACAAAUAAAUUACGUGAACUUGAACAACAAAAUCAACAUUUACGUGAACAAAAUAAUAAGUGUAAUCAACAAUUGGAAUUAUUACGUAAUCAUAUUACCAAUAUUGGACUAAGACCACCAAUUAUACCAACAACAAGAGCAUCUUUGUCCCUUGAGGUUGAUACAACACUCCGUAGACGUUCAGAAAUUUUAGAAGCAACGCCACAAACAAUUCCAGAGAGCGUUCAUCAAACAACCACUGGGGAAUCAACACAAAUUGCAACACGUCACAGGAGACAUCUUUCUGCUUGUGGUACUAUUCAACAAGCCGUCACAACAACCAACAUGGAUUCGUCAAGUUUAUUAUCAGAGGAAUUGGCAGCAGCAGUGGAAAAUCUUGUAAUGUUACCAAGUCUACCAGGAGUAUCAGAAAAAAAUCGUGACAGUGAAAAUUCUGAAACAUUACAUGAUUAUGCUGAAAUAUAUACACCAAGUAGAGAAGGAAUAAAUUGGACUGGUCAAACAAAUGAAACAACAACAGCUCCAAGACCACCAACACCACCAUUACAUAGAUUUCCAAGUUGGGAAGCAAAAAUAUAUCAAGUUGCUGAUGGAGGUUUAGGUAUUGGACCACCGACAAAUGAUGAUGCAUCAGUUGCACCAUCAUCAACAUCAAAUACAAAUUCAUCAAAACAUUCACAUGGUCAUAAUUUAACUGCUCAUAAUUCUCAAGGUUAUUGUGAUAUUUCGGUGCCAGUAUAUGCAACAGUUAAAGGUAGAGCAAGUCAAAUACGAUCUAUGCCAUUUGGUGAUAGUUCUGAUGACAGUUCUGAUGGUGAAGAACAUCCAAAUCAAACAGAAACAAAUACACGAAUAACAAACAGUUCAUCAGAUAAUACUGAUUCAUCAUUGGGAAGUGGUAGUAGUCCAUCAAAAAGUAUCAAAACAACAAGUAGUUUAAGUCCAGCAAAACGUAGUUCAAGUGGUUCUCCAAGUAAAAGUGUAAAACGUGAUACAUCAUUAGAAUCUGGUUUAUCAGAAGACUAUGCAAUUCCACCAGAUGCACUUAGUUCAACAUCACUUGAGACAAGUAUGCCAAGUUUAUUAAUGCGUGUAUCUGGUGAAAGUCCAAAACGACUUGAAUCAUUAGAAAAAGCUGGUCAUCUUGCAAAACUUGGUGGUAAAUUAAAAACAUGGAGAAAAAGAUGGUUUGUAUUAAAAAAUGGUGUAUUAACAUAUUGGAAAAAUCAAAAUGAUAUUAAUAGAAAACCACAAGGACAAAUAUUACUUGAUGAAGUAUGUCGUAUAAUACGUGCUGAUGGUGCAUCAACAUUUGAAAUAUCAACUGGUAAAAAAACAUAUUAUUUAACAGCUGAUUGUAUUGCAACAAUGGAAGAUUGGAUACGUGUAUUACAAAAUGUACAAAGAAGAAAUGCAACAAAAUUAUUAUUAAGUCGUGAAGAUAAUAAACCAACAAUACAAGGAUGGUUAACUAAAGUUAAAAUGGACAUGCUAAAAUGUUGGUGUGUAUUAAUUGGUAAAAUGUUUAUUUAUUUUAAAUGUCCAAGUGAUACAAAUCCAAUUGGACAAAUAAAUAUGAGAGAUGCAAGAGUUGAAGAAGUUGAACAUGUAUCUGAUAGUGAUAGUGAAGAAAGAGAUACUGAAUGUCCACAUGAAAGAACAAUUGGAAUAUUUCCAACUCAUCAAGGACCAACAUAUUUAUUAAUGCCACAUAAACAAGAUAAAGAUAGUUGGUUAUAUCAUUUAACUGUUGUGUCAGGUGGUGGACCAAGUGAUGGAACACAAUAUGAACAAUUAGUACAACGACUUAUGGAAACAGAUGGAGAUCCUGGAUGUGUACUUUGGAGACAUCCGCUAUUAUUACAUACUAAAGAAAAUAUUACGAGUCCAUUAACUAGUCUUACAUCUGAGACACUACAGUCUGAAGCAAUUAAAUUAUUCAAGGCCUGUCAACUAUUUAUGUCAGUUGCUGUGGAACAAGCUGGCAUUGAUUAUCAUGUGGUACUUGCACAAAAUGCACUACAACAAUGCCUAGAUCAACCAGAGUUACAGUCGGAAUUUAUUUGUGCACUUGUUAAACAAACAAGUCGUCAUACUCAGCAACGAUUGGGCGUACAGCAGCUCCUACUGUGCGCCACGCAAUCGCUCUUCACCUGUGAUACGCAAAGCCCCGCUGCAAAUGGGGGUGGUGAAAAUGCAGAUGCCCAAUCAACUGCAUCAACUUCUCACAGUCCCACGCUCACACAGGGUCAUUCAACAUCAAACAUACUCGACUGCAAAACAAAUCCGGCUCAAUAUGUAUUGGUACAAGGAUGGCAAUUAUUAUCACUUGCUGUAUCAUUAUUUUUACCGAAAAAUAAUCGUCUACUCUGGUACCUGAAACUUCAUUUGCAACGUAAUGCAGAUUCAAAAACUGAAUGCGGUAAAUAUGCAGCAUAUUGUGAACGUGCACUAGAACGAACAUUACAAAAUAGUGGAAGAGAAGUUAAACCAUCACGAAUGGAAGUAUUAUCAAUACUUUUAAAAAAUCCAUAUCAUCAUUCUUUACCACAUGCAAUACCAGUACAUUUUAUAAAUGGUACUUAUCAAGUUGUUAGCUUUGAUGGUAGUACAACAAUUGAAGAAUUUAUUCAUACACUUAAUCAAGAAAUUGGAUGUCGUGAUGUACAUCAAUCUGGUUUUACAUUAUUUAGUGAUGAUCCAAUUGAAAAAGAUUUAGAACAUUUUAUUGAUUUACAAUCAAAACUAUGUGAUAUUAUAUCAAAAUGGGAAACAGCAUUACGUGAAAAAGGUUCUGGUAAAUUUGAAAAUACACGUGUUAUACAAUUAACAUAUAAAUCAAGAUGUUAUUGGCGUGCAGCAGCUAAAAUGGAAACAGAUAGAGAACGUUUAUUAUUAUGUUAUCAAGUUAAUCAACAAGUUGUACAUGGUAAAUUUCCUUUAAAUCGUGAAUUAGCAUUUGAACUUGCUUCAUUAAUGGCACAAAUUGAUUAUGGUGAAUAUCAUAAUGACAAAGGAAGAGGUAGUGGUCAAGGUAGUAAUCCAAAUCAUUUGGUAUUACAAGCACUUGAUAAAUUUUAUCCAAUAAGAUAUCGUACAAAUAUAACUGCUGAACAAUUACGUGAUUUACAAGAAAAAUUACAAGAAAAAUGGAUUGGCUUAAAGGGUAGAAGUGUUGUUGAUUGUGUUAGAAUAUAUUUAACAUGUACAAGAAAAUGGCCAUAUUUUGGUGCAACUUUAUAUCAAGCUAAACUAAAACAACAUGAACCAAUAACAUUAUGGAUAACUGUUUCUGAAGAUAGUGUAACAUUACUUGAAUUACAAACAAUGGCUGUUAUGUAUCGUUAUAAUUAUUCAAAUAUUGUUACAUUUGGUGGUUGUUUGGAUGAUUUUAUGCUUGUUGCAUGUCCAGAUGAUGGUGCUGCUGAACAAAAAUUAAUUUUUGCACUAAGCAAACCAAAAAUUUUAGAAAUAACACUACUAAUUGCUGAUUAUAUGAAUGCACUGGGUCAUACAUUGCCAGGAACACCACAGAUGAAUACACUGACUAGAAAUGGAUCUCAUAGAUCAAUUAAAUCAACGAUGAGACCAGCAACUGGUUCGAGUUGUCUUCCAACGCAACCUGACAUAUUAAAAUCAACGCCUGAUCAUCAAAGACCAUGAGAUUAUACGCGUAUAAAAAUUUUUAAAUAUACAACGUAAUAUUAAAAUAAGGGCACUAAUUAAAAUACCACACUUUGGCACUAAAUUAAUAUUAAUAAUAACACUGCCAAUAGUUAAAUUAAUAAACACAAAAACAAUAUGAAAUAUAUAUUGCAGUUUUUUUUGUAAAUAUAUGUUAAGAAAAAAAAAUAUUACUGCAGUAUUUAGAACAAAAAAAAAAAUGAAUUAAUUAAGGCUUAUUGCUGAUACCAGUUUUAAUACAACAUGUAAAUAAUUAAUAUUGUCGUAAUUUGUGAUGUGUAGUUUUGAAAUAAUGAUAGAGAGAUGCAGGACAUCGUACUCUUAUUAUUGAGUACACUGUAAUAUUGUUAAAUAACCAAUUUUCUUGCCAAUAUUAAUGCAAUUUAUUUAACAUUUUUUAAAUUCAUAUUACCGAUAAAAGUAUGAAAUUUAUUUUUUGAUUAUUUUUCAUAUAUGAAUUAUUUAAAAUUUAAUUAUGUCUUGUGUAGCUAAAUAGAAAUUAAUUGUAAAUUUGAUUUGAAAAUACAUUUUUAAAAUUGAUAUUAAAUGUAGAAUUAAAAAUUAAUUUUAAAGAAAAAAAACAUAAGCCAUAGGUAAUAUUGUAUUAGUUUUAUACUUUAAUACCGAUUUAAAAAGAAAAAAAAAAAACCAGAAAACAAAUAUAGAAAAAUAAUGUAUCAGCUUUUAAUUUGUUUGAUAAUUAUUUAAUUUUUUAAAACUGAUUUUUAAAUAAGAAAAUGAAAAAAAAAAAAGCUAGUCUCUACUUGUCGAGUAUUUUUUUUUUUUAAAGAUAAUGAAAUUUUUUUAAAUGAAAUUGUCACAGUUAAAAAGUGUACAAGUUUUGUAAUUAAUUUUACAAGACCAAAUAAUAAAAUGUAAAUGAAUAAAAAAAAUAUUGUAAAAAUUUUAUUGGGACAAGUGUUCCUAGUCUAGAUGUCUUCCUGUCUGAUAUUAAUCAGAUCAAGUUUUUAAAAAAAAUAUAAAUUCAUAUGUGAAAUUAAGCUGAUGAUAGGAUCAACUGUUUUAUCAUUGUCUAGAGAAUCAAGUAUGAAAUAGAAAAUAACUAUUUAUCAAUAACUAUUGGCAAUAGUACAAAAAUGUAUGACGCAAAAAAAAAGAUACUGAGGAAACUUGUUCCCUAAUUUUUUAUAAGAAGAGCUGAUGAAUGCUCCUGAAUUUGAAAAACGAAAAAUUGACAAAUGAUAAUGUAUACAAAAAAAAAAUAUUAAAAAUGUAUUUGUAAAUAGUCGUUAGGUAUACGAUAUAGUAUUAAAUUAAUUUGUAGAAAAAUUGACAAUAGUCCUUUCAUGAUAGAAAUAAAA